CGGAGGAGGGAGCGCGGCGGCGGGAUGCAGCGCCCCGGGCCCUUCAGCACCCUCUAUGGGCGGGUCCUGGCCCCGCUGCCCGGGCGGGCCGGGGGCGCGGCCUCGGGCGGAGGCGGGAGCAGCUGGGGCUCCCCGGGCUCCCACGUGCAGCCGCCGGGAAGGGCGCACUCCGGGCCUCACGGCGGCGCAGGCAGUCUGGGCGUUAGCGGCGGGGGCGGCGGUCGCGUCUGCCCGGCCCCCUCCACGAUGUCCAAGGCAGAGGAGGCCAAGAGGCUGGCGGGCCGCGCGGCGGUGGAGAACCACGUGAGGAAUAACCAAGUCCUGGGAAUCGGAAGUGGUUCUACAAUUGUCCAUGCUGUGCAGCGAAUAGCUGAAAGAGUCAAGCAGGAGAAUCUGAACCUCGUCUGUAUUCCCACUUCCUUCCAGGCCCGUCAGCUCAUCCUGCAGCAUGGCUUAACCCUCAGUGACCUGGACCGACACCCAGAGAUUGACCUUGCCAUCGACGGUGCUGACGAAGUAGACGCUGACCUCAAUCUCAUCAAGGGUGGCGGAGGCUGCCUGACCCAGGAGAAGAUUGUGGCUGGCUAUGCCAGUCGCUUCAUCGUGAUUGCCGACUUCAGGAAGGAUUCAAAGAACCUGGGGGAGCAGUGGCACAAGGGGGUCCCCAUCGAGGUCAUUCCGAUGGCCUACGUCCCUGUCAGCCGAGCUGUGACCCGCAGGUUCGGGGGUGCAGCUGAACUGCGAAUGGCCGUCAACAAGGCGGGUCCCGUGGUGACAGAUAAUGGGAAUUUUAUCCUGGACUGGAAGUUUGACCAGGUGCACAAAUGGAGUGAAGUGAACACAGCUAUCAAAAUGAUCCCAGGCGUGGUGGACACAGGGCUGUUCAUCGACAUGGCCGAGAGAGUCUACUUCGGGAUGCAGGAUGGCUCGGUGAGCAUGAGGGAGAAGCCGUCCCACUGACCACUGACCUGCGGGAGCCGAGCGUGCCCACCCUCCGUGCCAGCCCCAGCCGAGGAAGACGUGCCUCUGCAGGAGCCUUUGCCUUAACUUACGCGUCUGCGCCAGCGUGGACAGCUGGCGGGUGGGGUGGGGGCUGAAUCCAGUCUUCUGAUGUAUUGUUAUUCAAUGUCUUUUUAAAAGAGAAAUAUGAACAUAUAUAUUUUUACUAUUAAAAAUACUCAGUCUUUUUUUUUUUUUUUAAAUAAAGUAGAACUUGAUCUCUUGUUUUAUAUGAAACAUUUACCAAAAAAAGCAGAGGGAAGGACAGUCUUUAAAACCUUUGACUUGAGCCUACUGGUUCUGGUUCAGCCUCUGAAUAUUGGGUUUGCUGAGAAAUAAAAAUCAAAACUUUUCCUCUAAGCUGGUGAAAUGAAGGGCUCAACCAGCAGUGAUUUCCUGAUGCCUUACUGGAAACUUGGUUUGUUUACUUUUCUGCCACUCUCUGUUUUUAGUUUCUUUUGUGAUCCUGCACAAUACCUAGUUACAUUCUAAGAUCAGGUUUACAAAAGUUGGCCAGUGGAGCACUUGGAGUGUAAAUUCUCAGAGAAAACGUGGCUUGUACUUUGCUAGGAUCAGGGCGUUAAUUCAGAUCACUGCUGUUGGAAGCAGUUAGCCAGAAACUAUUGCCAAUGCUGCCGAAGCACUGCUGUGAAAUGUGAAAUAUUUUUUUUUUAAAUGAUCUUUGGUUGUUAAUAUUUUUUCUGUUUCUUUCUUAUUACUUGUGUGGUUCAGCAUCAGAAAUUGUCACCUCCUUGUACUGUUUGAAGGUUGAAAUAAAACAAGUUUGGUGCCA